AUGUCUUCACCCGAAUCUACCUUGGCAGCACCCAGUGUCUCACAACCAGUUCUGUUGGGUGUCUACUGGGCUGGCACGAUUCUGUCCCUGUUCUUCAUCCUCGCCCGUCUGUACAUCCGCCGCAAAGUCAUCGGACAUUUCAAAGCAGAUGACUACCUUGUCGUCGCCUCAUGGGCCUUGUAUCUGGCUACCACAAUCACGUGGACUGUCCUCGGAAACAUUCUUUAUGUUACGCUGGACUCCGGUAACGCCGGGAGUUUCUACACUGCGGUGAGCGCCUACUUGAAACAGUACGCGCACGCCCUCAACGCAAUUUUAGGUACAUACUACUGUACAUGGACGUCUUUGUACAUCAUCAAAUUGUCAUUCAUGGUGUUCUUUCGUGGGUUAGGCAACAACCUCCGUGCGCAAAAGGUCCUGUGGUGGAGCGUGCUCGGCCUCAUCAUUGUUUCCUACGCCGUUUCAGUCGGAAUGUUCGACUACUACUGCUUGACGUCAGAUUGGGAACACAUAAUUGGUGACGAAUGA